AUGACCAAUUCAUCAUCUUUAACUAAUAAAAAUGAUGAAAUUUUACAUGUACUUUAUGAUUAUACAAGCAAAGAAGCAGACGAAUUAACAUUAAAACGUGGAAGCAUAGUAGCAGUUUUAUCUAAAGAUGAAAAUAUCUCAGGUUCGAAAGGAUGGUGGACUGGUCGACUUCUGGACUCUGAAUCUGUCGGUAUUUUUCCUGCAAAUUUUGUUGCUAGUUCCGAACCAAAUUUACGUAUUAUUGAUGAAAAAGAAUUACAAAUUGGAAAUUUAAUUGGUAUUGGUGGUUUUGGCCAUGUUCAUCAUGGAAAAUUUGGUGAUGUCGACAUAGCAAUAAAAACAGCAAAAUCGUUAACUUCAUUUAGUUCCACUGAGUCCCGGAUAUCAAAUCCAUCCAAUGACGAUGAAUCAGCAAAUGCUGCACAAAAAUCCCUAGUUGAUGGUCUCCUACGUGAAGCACGUCUUUUUGCUAAUCUUAGACAUGCAAAUAUUAUUCAAUUGUUUGGUGUAAGUCCAUCGGUAUCAACAAGAAGUCUGUAUCUUGUUAUGGAAUAUGCACACGGUGGAGCUUUAGAUCAUCUACUUCAACGAAGAAAAUGUGGCUUAUACCCGAAUGUAUUUAUUCAAUAUGCUAAACAAAUUGCUGAUGGAAUGAGAUAUUUACACGAAGAAGGGACAGAACAUAUCAUCCAUCGAGAUUUAAAAUGUUCAAAUAUUCUCAUUCUAGAAGCGAUUCAAGAUAUCCAUAAUGACAAUGAACUUUUAUAUAAAACAUUGAAAAUUACAGAUUUCGGUCUUGCUAAAAAACAAAUACAAUCGUCAAGCAUGUCAGCGGCUGGUACAUUUCCAUGGAUGAGUCCAGAAUGUAUUCGAAGUAAUGAAUUUUCGACAAAGUCGGAUGUUUGGAGUUUUGGUGUGCUUCUUUGGGAAUGUCUUACUGGUGAAAUUCCGUAUAAAGGUUUUGAUCAAAUGCAAGUUGCUUUUGGCAUUGCAACUAAUAAAUAUUCAUUACCUAUUCCAAGUACAUGCCCUGAAGAAUUUUCACAAUUAAUGAAAGAUUGUUGGCAACCUUUACCACAAGAUCGACCAACAUUUACUCAAUUAUAUGAACAAAUUAAUCGUAUAAUUGACACUAACUAUGCGCCUAAUAAAAUAAAUAAUAUGGAACCUAAUGAAGAAACUUAUUUUUCCUUGCAGCAAGAUUGGCGUAAAGAAAUUCAAGAUAUAUUUGAAGAAUUAAAAAUUAAAGAACAAGAAAUUCGUGAUCGUGAACAAGAAAUGAUUCGAUUGACUAUUGAACAAAAUCAUCAACGUAUGGUGUUGGAAAAGUGGGAACAUGAUUUGCACGAACGUGAAAUGCACAUCAGCGAACGAGAAUUUCGAUUAUUAGAGUCAAAUAAUAUUCAAGAUCGUCUCAAUCAACAAACACCUAAAGUACAAAAACGUUCCGGGCAUUUUGUUCGUUCACUUCUACAUGCAACAUUUAACGGAAGUGCUACUCUGUCGUCCACAACGGCUUCGAAUUUGAUUAGUGGUCCAACAAAUUUUCGUCAUUUAGCAAGAAUCCAUCCUGACAGUGACCCAAACAAUCUUCAUCAUCAUUAUUUCCCAGCUAUUGACUAUGAUCCAGCAUCACAUACAGGACAAAUGUCACCUCUAACUAAUAAACCAAUUUUUCGAAAUACAACAAAAAAGCACUCAGAUUGUCAAAUUAGCAAAAGUACGCCAAGCACACCAAAUUUAAGUCGGCUUCGCACAUUGACUUUGCAUUAUCCAGCUGAAUCUGAUGAUUUCGAUGAUAAUACAAAUGAAAAAUCGACUCGUUCUUCAUCAGUUGGUCAAGCUAAACUAUCACCAGGAACACUGUCACAUUUACGCUGGCGUAAACCUAAGGCAUGUACAGGUCCAUCGUCGUCAACAAUAAAACGAAAGCAUGUAAAAAGCAAUGCACGUCUUGGUAAACCUAAGUGGUAUUUAGAUACUUCACCAUCGAGAAAUUCAAAUAGUAAUAAUAAUGAUGAUGAUUCUACAACAAUUUCAAGUACAAAAUCAACUCCUACCAUUGAUCGAUCAGCACAAAAAUUAGGUUCCUCUUCUUCUUCGACCUGUUCAACACCCAAUGAUCGUUCAUUAGCACGUGGUAUUUUUGAUAUUAAUUCAGUGUUAAUGGCAAUUGGACUUGGUCAUCGUACACCUGCUCGAUUGAAUUCGUCACCAUUGAUUUCCUCUUCCACCUCGUCUUCAGUCACAACAAUACCCAAAACUCUUAAUCAACCUAUGCUUCGUUCAGCAAGUGAAGUAACAAAUAAGCAAGCAUCUUCGACUAGUACAACUCCAUCUCCAGCAACUAAAAAACAACAUAAACGAACUUGUUCAACGCCUCUAACAGAUACUCUUGUUCCAACAAAUGGGUAUAUCAAUGUAGCUUAUCAACCACGACCCUCUGGUUCAUUGAUUCGACCAAAUUCUCGUAUCAUAUCUUCUAAACCAUCACAUUCAUCAUCAACAAGGAUAAACAUAAGUCAAUCUGAUUCACAUUUAGUUAAUAGCCAUUUGAAUCAUAGAAAUCCAGCCACCACCACCACAACAACAAACAACGUACCACAAGGAAAGGAAACUAUGGCACACCGUACUAGUGAAAGAUUUUAUUUAACGCAAUCAUCUGAAAUACAUACACAUAUGGUACCAUCCAUUGCUUCAUCAUCGAAUAUGUCGGCUUCUCAACCACAGUUACAUUUUUCUUCUAUACUUGACAUUGAUAGUGAAGAACAAAGAAAACAUAGAGCUCAAGUUUUAGCACCAAAAACUGAUCGAAAAAAUUAA